UUUAUGUUAAAUUAGAAAAAAAAUAACAUUUUAAAAAUAAAUUUUUUAUUCAUUCCAAUGGCUUUAAAAUCAGUUCUUGUGUCUAUACUGAUUUUCGUGAUUUGUUCUUCAUGUUUAAGUGACAAGGUUACACUCCGUAGAGAUUACAAUGAAGAUAAUAGACGUCAAUGUGUAACAGAUAUGUAUUAUAGAUUUCGAAAACGAGCACCAAUUGUUGACGGCACUCACGCAGAUAUAGAUGAAUAUGAUUUUGUGGCACGGAUUUAUUAUAAAAAACAAGGAAUGUGUGGAGCAACUGUAAUUACCGAUAGCCAUUUAUUGACAGCUGCUCAUUGUCUGUACGGCAUGGAAAACAAACUAAAAGAAAUGUGUUUGCUAAUAAAUGCCUACGAUACUUCAAAAAAUGAAGGGGAUCAAGAGGCUCGGAAUAUAUGUAAGGUUCGACUGCAUCCACGAUAUGAUUGCAAUACUUAUGAUAAUGAUAUCGCAAUCGUUAACUUCGAACCACCUCUUUCUUUGGGCAACAGAUUAAGAGCAAUAAGUUUACCACCACCAAACUUUUAUUUUACUGAAGGACUUACUGUCAUCGCUUUGGGAUGGGGUAGAAAGACUCCCGAUGGCACGACUGUCGAUAUUUUACAGGAAGCAAGGCUCAGUAUUANAUAUAUUGUCUAUAUCAUAUAUAAUGGUUAA